UAUUUUGGGAUAUCUAAUCACGUAUAGGUAUAUCUCUUUGAGCUUACCUUUUUCCUAGGUUUUGGGUGUCAUGACAUCACUCUCUUAUCACAUGUUUUACUUUAUUUUUCACACACCACCAAAUUUCAUAAAUACAUAAAGGCUAUCCACUCUUCCCACAGCCACUCUCCCUCCACCGUUAUCACCACCACCAUGCCGCCGUGCUACUAAACCCCCCCUCUCUCUUUCUCUCUCAUCUUCCUUUUAGGUUUUGGCUUUUAGGGUCCCCUCUCCCUCUUCCAAGUUCCAUCACAUGUUUUGCUUUUUAUACAACACCAACUUAUAUUAAUACAUAAAGGGUCGAUCAUAUCUCCACCCAUCCACCACCCUUCCCACCACCAUCUCCACCAACACCAUCACCACCACCUCUCUCAUCUCAUAUUAGGGUUUCAUCAAGAAGCAAGAAGAAAUCAAUAAAGACACAAAAAGAUUCCAUCUUUUGCAUCUUUCUUGAGUUGGUUUCAUCAUCAUCAUCAUUGUUAUCACCAUAUAACAUCAUCAUAAUCAUGAUGAUGAUGGUAUUAUGAGUUGAAAACUUGAAAUGGUUGAAGAAGAGAAGAUGAUAAGAGGAAGUAAUAUGAAUAUGAUGGUAGGAAGUACUACCACCAAAGGGUUUGAUCCUUAUGUUAACUCAUCAUCAAACACUAAUGACUUCUUCAACUUUGAGCAACACAACUCAGAUCUCUUCGCAUCUUCUUCUAAACCGGUCAUGAUUGCCGGCCCCGGCGCCGGAGAUUUCUCUCAGUUUGAUGACCAAUCAUCUCUCCAAAGAUGUGUACUAAUCCCUUGUGAACCAAAUGAAAGGCCAAGUCAAGGACUUUCACUUUCUCUCUCUUCCACUCAUCCCUCCACCAUUGGAAUACAAUCAUUUGAGCUUGUAAGACCACCACAAAGUCAUCAUAACCAUGGUCAUCCUCACCAGGGAUAUUUAGGGAAGCCUCUCUAUAUGCAUGAUCAGCAACAUCAUCAUAUGAUGGCAGAUGAUCAAUCAGCUAAUAUUAUGAACACUGCUUCAGGUGGUGCUCAACAUCAAAGUGGACAAUACAGUUUAAGAAGCUCAAGGUAUUUAAUACCUACACAAGAUCUCCUCAAUGAGUUCUGCAAUCUUGGUACAAAGCAAAAUGAUCAUUCAACAAAGGCAAAAGCUCAAAGAACCAACCAGUCACAAGAUCAUGAUCAUAAUUUGGAUCAUAUGAAUGCUAGUUCUUCAAAAAAUAUACCUUUAAAUUCUAUUGAAUUCUUGGAAUUGCAGAAAAGAAAAUCCAAGCUCCUUCAAAUGCUAGAUGAGGUGGAUAGAAAAUACCAUAAUUACUGUGCUCAAAUGAAGGCAGUGGUUGCAUCAUUUGAAGCAGUGGCUGGUAAUGGUGCAGCAACAGUUUAUUCAGCCUUGGCAUCAAAGGCAAUGUCAAGGCAUUUUAGGUGUUUGAGAGAUGGUAUUGUAGGUCAGAUCAAGGCAACCAAGAAGGCUAUGGGAGAAAAAGACAUUUCUGCCCCUGGUGCCACCAGAGGGGAGACUCCUAGGUUAAGGCUUCUUGAUCAAACUUUAAGACAGCAAAGGGCUUUUCAACAAAUGAUCACCAUGGACAGCCACCCCUGGCGGCCGCAGCGUGGGUUACCGGAGCGGUCGGUGUCCGUUCUUCGUGCUUGGCUGUUUGAGCACUUCCUCCAUCCGUACCCUAGUGAUGUCGAUAAACAUAUUCUAGCACGACAAACCGGCCUCUCAAGAAGCCAAGUAUCAAACUGGUUCAUUAAUGCAAGGGUUAGGCUAUGGAAGCCCAUGGUGGAGGAAAUGUAUAUGGAAGAAACAAAAGAUAAUGAACAUGAAAACAAUGAAGGUGUCACAGACAGAUUCAAUGCUGCUACUGAUGAAAACACUACAAUCACAAAAGUGGAGCAAAAACCGACGGUUGAUCAGCUUAUUCGGAGGGAUUCUGAUUGUCUUUCGUCGAUCAUUAACCACCACGACCACAAUACAACGAAAACCCUUGACCGCACCUUUCACCAGAGUUUUCCAAGGGUCUCAGCUGAUUCUUUUGGAGCAGUGGAGCUAGAUUUUUCAGCAUACAAUCACAACUUUGGUGGCAAUGGUGCUGGUGGUGGUGGAGGGGUUUCUUUGAACUUGGGAUUACAGCAACAUGCUAGUGGUGGUGGUGGCGGCGGUGAAGGUGGUGGUGGAGUGUCACUAUACUACCCUAGAGACCAUAUGGAAGAUUGCCAAACUGCAGUACAAUAUUCUUCUCUUUUAGAGGGUGAUCAAGGACAGAAUUUACCUUACAGGAAUUUGAUGGGGGCACAACUGCUACAUGAUAAUUUGGCUGGUUAAGAGUUAAAAAAUUUAUAUCUUAUUUUAUAUAAGUUAAAAAGAACACAUAUGGGAUUUAUAUAUAUAUAAUUCUAGGUAAAGGGUAUACAUGAUUGGGGUUAGGAUAAUUGUUUAAGAUCAACAUUUUGAAGUUUUUGUAUAUUGAAAGGGUAUUGUAAUAUUUUUCUUGCUUUAAUAUUUUGCAGUCAAAGAAUUAUAGAAAUGAUCAGUUGAUUCAA